UACUUCGCUUUGCACCCGUGCUUCGAUUAUCAGCCAGGAAAAUGUUUCAUUCAAGAGUUUCGACGGCUUGCGAGGAAGAAAAACUGGCAAGGUGACGGGUUCAAGCGGGAGAGAAGGGAGUUGGGGAAGGCCAUGAUCGAACAGUUCGGUCUGGUUUAUGGGAAGGAUGCUGGUGACUUGAGGUCGUGGCAGAACCUGUGCAGCGCACUCAGAGUCUCUCCAAUCCCGAGUACUAUUGGCAAAUGCCGAGAGAUUCUGAACUCAUUGCACGUCAACCUCGUCGACUUCAUCCAUCGCCCAAACCCAGAAGAGCCCGUGCGGACAUUUAAGGACGAGGUGGCGCUCAGCAAGUAUACGUUGGAGACGGGCCGAACAUAUCCUCGUAACGAUGUUCCGAAAGGAAGCCUCCUGGAAUGUCUACUGCGUCAUAUAUUGGAGCCAUCCAAAACUCGAGGUUUGCCAUCCAAAACUCGAGGUUCCGGGCCGCCAUCCAAACCUCGAGUUCCGCCUGCCAAACUUCGAGGUCCGCCGUCCAAAUCUCGAGGUCAGCCAUCCAAACCUCGAGGUCUCACCCCCAAGCAGAACCAGACAAAGCGACGCUCUCGCAAAGGCAAUGCUUGA